AUGACUAUAGAACCCGAUAAAAUUUACUAUUUCCUAUUUACAGAUUCAGAACUCGAGGAGUUGGGUGAACAAAUGCCGCGAUACCGCCCUGAUUCUAUCGCAGCACUGCGUCGGGCGACUCGUUUCACUGAACCAGAAUUGAAGAGACUGUACCGAGGGUUUAAGGCAGAAUGUCCUACUGGUGUGGUGCGUGAAGAUACAUUCAAGCAUAUAUAUGCCCAGUUCUUCCCUCAAGGAGGUUUUCAGAUAACCCGCAACUACUCCAUUGUGGCAGAUAUAAAGGACAAAGUUACUUAA